AUGGAAGCGGAGAGCAACAGCUCCUCAGGGAGCUUCAUUCUGAUGGGGAUAUCUGACCACCCACAGCUGGAGAUGGUCUUCUUCACAGUCAUCCUCUCCUCUUACCUGUUGACGCUGCUUGGGAACUCAACCAUCAUCCUGCUUUCCCGUCUGGAUGCCCGGCUCCACACACCCAUGUACUUCUUCCUCAGCAACCUCUCUUCCCUGGACCUUGCCUUUACUACCAGCUCAGUGCCCCAAAUGCUGAAAAAUCUAUGGGGGCCAGACAAGACAAUCAGCUAUGGUGGGUGUGUAACUCAACUCUAUGUUUUCCUUUGGCUGGGGGCCACUGAGUGCAUACUGCUCGUGGUGAUGGCGUUUGAUCGUUACGUGGCAGUUUGCCGGCCCCUGCACUACAUGACCGUCAUGAAUCCGCGGCUCUGCUGGCUGCUGGCUGCUAUCAGCUGGCUGGGUGGCUUGGGCAACUCUGUGAUUCAGUCCACGUUCACUCUGCAGCUCCCAUUUUGUGGACACCGGAAGGUGGACAACUUCCUGUGUGAGGUACCCGCCAUGAUUAAACUGGCCUGUGGAGACACGAGCCUCAAUGAGGCUGUGCUCAAUGGUGUCUGCACUUUCUUCACUGCUGUCCCACUGAGCAUCAUCCUGAUCUCCUACUGCUUCAUCGCUCAGGCAGUGAUGAAGAUCCGCUCUGCGGAGGGGCGGCGGAAGGCCUUCAAUACAUGCCUGUCCCACCUGGUGGUGGUCUUCCUCUUCUACGGCUCGGCCAUCUAUGGGUAUCUGCUUCCAGCUAAGAGCAGUAAUCAGGACCAGGGGAAAUUCAUUUCUCUCUUCUACUCAGUGGUCACACCCAUGGUGAAUCCGCUCAUCUAUACUCUAAGGAACAAAGAAGUGAAGGGGGCCCUGGGAAGGCUGCUGGGGAAAGGAAGAGAAGCCAGCUGA